AAAAAAAUAUAAUUAUUCAUCUCGAAGAAUUAAGCUCCCAGUUACCGAACUCGCAAGUUUCUGAUACAUACAGAAGAAGGUUCUUUCUCUCUUUCGCUUCGUUUAGCUUCUGAAUCUCCAACAAUGGUGCUCGAGGCAACAAUGAUCUGUAUCGACAAUUCUGAGUGGAUGCGUAACGGGGAUUACGCUCCUUCUCGAUUUCAAGCUCAAGCGGACGCUGUCAAUCUCAUUUGCGGUGCUAAAACCCAGUCUAAUCCGGAAAAUACAGUGGGAGUUCUCACAAUGGCAGGAAAGGGCGUUCGUGUUUUGGUCACCCCUACCAGUGAUCUGGGCAAGAUCUUAGCUUGUAUGCAUGGACUAGAAAUAGGUGGUGAGAUGAACCUGGCUGCUGGCAUUCAAGUGGCACAAUUGGCUCUUAAGCAUCGGCAAAAUAAAAAGCAACAGCAAAGGAUUAUCGUUUUUGCUGGAAGUCCUGUCAAGCAUGAAAAGAAAAUGUUAGAGAUGAUUGGGAGAAAGUUGAAAAAGAAUAGUGUAGCACUUGAUAUUGUUAAUUUUGGUGAAGAAGAUGAGGGUAAGACAGAGAAGCUGGAGGCACUCCUUGCAGCUGUUAACAAUAAUGAUACCAGCCACAUUGUUCAUGUUCCACCUGGUCCAAAUGCUCUCUCUGAUGUACUUAUAAGUACACCUAUUUUUACUGGUGAUGGGGAAGGUGGGAGUGGUUUUGCUGCUGCUGCUGCAGCAGCAGCAGCUGGUGGUGUAUCUGGUUUUGAGUUUGGGGUGGAUCCAAACUUGGAUCCUGAAUUGGCUCUUGCUCUAAGAGUUUCAAUGGAAGAGGAGAGAGCCAGGCAGGAAGCAGCUGCAAAAAAGGCUUCAGAAGAUGCUGCCAAACAAGAGAAAGGAGGUGAGCAGCAAGCUAGCUCACAAGAUGCAACAAUGACUGAGCGUGCCAGUGCAACAACGUCUGAAGCUGAAAAUAAGACAAAUGAUCUGAUGGAUGAUGAGAAUGCCCUACUACAGCAGGCACUUGCUAUGUCAAUGGAUGAUCCUGCCAUUAGCCAUGAUGUAAAGGAUACAGAUAUGUCAGAAGCAUCUGCAGAUGAUCCUGAGUUGGCUCUAGAUGGCACAAAGGAUCAAGCAAGCCAGUCAGACAUGAGCAAAUUGUUGGCAGAUCAAUCCUUUGUAUCUUCUAUCCUUGCAUCACUUCCUGGGGUUGACCCAAAUGACCCUUCUGUUAAGGAUUUGCUGGCCUCCAUGCAAAAUCCGUCCGAGCCUCAACAAAAGAAUGACGACAAGCCAUCAAACGAAGAGGAGAAGAAGUAAUCUCUUACUUUACCCUGUCCGGUUUGGUUUUGUUGGUAAAAUUUUACGUGGCUGUCCUAAUCGGGAACUAUUUUCGCAUGUUCUAAUCUGUGUCUUUCCGCAGCUGAUUGGAACUCGAUGCAUAUCUCUCGAUUGUCUUGGAUGAUUUUUUUACUUAAAAAAAAUGCUCGCAAAUGCCGUAUUAUUGGUUGAUGGUGCUUAUUAUGUGACGAGGGCUUUUAAAAGACUUUGUUUUAUGAAGAAAGUUCCAAAUAUUUAAAUAGUUCAAUAUAGAUGGAUGCUUAAC